GGAUUGCUGCCUUGGCGUUUGGAGGAGAAGCAUCUGUCCCAGGUGGAUAAUGGUCAAGGAACAAUCUGAAAUUCAAGUCAAAAAGAAGGUAGAAGAUAAUAGGUAAAAGAGUUACCUAGCCAAGAUCACUUUGAUGUGAGAAAAUUUGAAAUCAGCGUUGAAAUUUAUUGCCUGUUCCGGUCAAAGUCUGUAGGCUAUAGAAAAAAGAAAUACUGAAGUUUGCAUCUAUAAAUGUAUACCAAGAUAAACUCAGAAUGUCCAGCAAGGAAGUAAAGACUGCUCUAAAAAGUGCUAGAGAUGCAAUCAGAAACAAAGAAUACAAAGAAGCUUUGAAACAUUGUAAGACAGUGUUAAAACAAGAGAAAAAUAAUUAUAAUGCCUGGGUUUUUAUUGGUGUUGCUGCAGCUGAGCUAGAACAACCUGAUCAGGCCCAGGGUGCCUAUAAGAAAGCUGCUGAACUAGAGCCAGACCAAUUGCUGGCUUGGCAGGGGUUAGCAAGUUUAUAUGAGAAAUGUAAUCACAUAAAUGCUAAGGAAGACUUACCUGGUGUUUACCAAAAGCUCCUGGAUCUUUAUGAAAGUGUUGACAAACAGAAGUGGUGUGAUGUCUGUAAGAAACUUGUGGAUCUAUAUUACCAAGAAAAGAAACACCUAGAGGUGGCCCGAACAUGGCACAAAUUGAUAAAGACACGGCAGGAGGAAGGUGCAGACAACCAAGAGCUUCAUCAGCUGUGGAGGAGAUUGACUCAGUUGCUGGCUGAGAGUACUGAGGAUCAGAAUAAUGAGACCCAGCAAUUGCUUUUAACUGCUUUUGAGAAUGCACUGGGCUUAUCAGAAAAUAUUCCUAGUGAAGAUCACCAAGUACUUUAUAGACAUUUCAUUCAGUGUUUAUCCAAAUUUCCUCAUGAAAUUGCUAGGUUGAAGAAGGCCUGUGAAGGAAUGAUAAACAUCUAUCCCACUGUACAAUAUCCAUUAGAAGUGCUUUGUUUGCAUUUGAUUGAAUCAGGCAGUCUUACUGAUGAAGGACAGCAGUAUUGUCGCAGACUAGUGGAAAUGGAUUCAAAAAGUGGUCCAGGCUUCAUUGGUUUGGGGAUUAAAGCAUUACAAGACAGAAAGUAUGAAGAUGCUGUUAGGAACCUAACUGAAGGGUUAAAGGAAAGCCCUCUUUGCACAACGGGGUGGUAUCAUCUGGCCGAAGCCCAAGUUAAAAUGCAUAGACCUAAGGAAGCUGUUCUUUCAUGCAGUCAAGCUCUGAAGAACAUAGAUAAUCUUGGUGUAUCUGGUGGCAGUCUUCAUCAGAAGAAUCUUUGUCUCCGUUUGAAAGCAGAGGCUUUGAUUAAACUCUCAGAUUAUGAAUCUUCAGUGGAAGCAAUCUGUACUCUUGAUCAGGUUUCUGAUGCAAAUAAUAUCCCAGGACUUUUGGUUCUUAAAAGCUUGGCCUAUCUGAAUAAAGGCUCAUUAGAUGAAGCUUCAAAGAUUAUGGAAGACCUUCUCUCUUCUUACCCUGACCUAGCUGAAGUUCAUGCCCUGGAGGCUUUGAUUCAUUUUACCAAAAAGGACUAUCCACAAGCAGAGAAAUGUUUCCAGAGAGCUCUUGAGAAAGAUGCUGAAGUUGCUGAAUAUCAUUACCAACUUGGGUUAACAUAUUGGUUCAUGGGUGAAGAAACAAGAAAAGAUAAAACAAAGGCUCUUACUCACUUUCUAAAGGCUGCCAGACUGGAUACAUACAUGGGCAAAGUUUUCUGCUAUUUAGGUCAUUACUACAGAGAUGUGGUAGGAGAUAAAAACAGAGCCCGUGGCUGUUACAGGAAAGCGUUUGAAUUAGAUGAUACUGAUGCUGAAUCUGGAGCUGCAGCAGUUGACUUAAGUGUGGAGCUUGAAGAAAUGGAAACUGCCUUAGCCAUCCUAACAACAGUAACUCAAAAGGCAAGUGCUGGAACAGCAAAAUGGGCCUGGCUGAGGCGCGGACUGUACUAUUUGAAAGCUGGUCAGCAUUCUCAAGCAGUGGCUGAUUUACAGGCAGCAUUAAGGGCAGACCCAAAGGACUUCAAUUGUUGGGAGUCAUUAGGAGAGGCAUACUUAAGCAGAGGUGGCUAUACCACAGCCUUGAAAUCCUUCACAAAAGCCAGUGAGCUGAACCCAGAAUCCACAUACAGUGUGUUUAAGGUUGCAGCAAUACAGCAAAUCCUAGGCAAAUAUAAGGAGGCGAUAGCUCAAUACCAGCUGAUCAUUAAAAAGAAAGAAGAUUAUGUGCCAGCUUUGAAAGGUUUGGGCGAAUGCCAUCUUAUGAUGGCAAAAGCAGCUCUAGUGGAUUAUCUUGAUGGGAAAGCUGUGGACCACAUAGAAAAAGCACUGGAAUAUUUUACUUGGGCUCUGCAGCAUCGAGCUGAUGUGUCUUGCCUCUGGAAGCUAGUUGGGGAUGCUUGUACCAGUCUGUACGCUGUCUCACCAUCUAAAGUAAAUGUUAAUGUUUUAGGAGUCCUCCUAGGUCAGAAAGAAGGAAAACAAGUAUUAAAGAAGAAUGAGCUCCUCCAUCUUGGAGGAAGGUGUUAUGGUCGUGCAUUAAAACUGAUGUCCACAUCUAAUACAUGGUGUGAUCUCGGAAUUAAUUAUUACCGUCAAGCACAACAUCUAGCAGAAACAGGCAACAACACAAAUGAUCUUAAAGAGUUGUUGGAGAAAUCUUUACAGUGUCUGAAAAAGGCGGUGAGACUCGACAGUAAAAACCAUUUAUACUGGAAUGCUCUUGGCGUGGUUUCAUGUUACAGUGGUAUUGGAAACUACGCCCUUGCUCAGCAUUGUUUCAUCAAGUCAAUCCAAUCAGAACAAAUUAAUCCUGUUGCAUGGACCAACUUGGGAGUCUUAUACCUUGCAAAUGAAAACAUUGAGCAAGCUCAUGAAGCUUUCAAAAUGGCUCAGUCCCUUGAUCCAUCUUACUUAAUGUGCUGGAUUGGACAAGCUCUUAUCGCAGAGACAGUUGGAAGUUAUGACACCAUGGAUCUUUUCAGGCACACUACAGAGCUUAGUAUGCAUACCGAGGGAGCAAUAGGUUAUGCUUAUUGGGUCUGUACAACAUUGCAAGAUAAAAGCAACAGAGAUACUGAGCUGUACCGGUACAAUAUCGUUCAGAUGAAUGCUAUUCCAGCCGCACAAGUUGUUUUGAGUAAAUACAUAGAAAGAAUUCAGAAUUAUGCUCCAGCUUUCACAAUGUUGGGUUACUUAAAUGAACAUCUACAACUGAGAAAGGAAGCAGCAGGUGCAUACCAAAGGGCAAUGUUAUUGUUACAAAGUGUGGAAGACCAAGAUACUUAUAAUGUUACAGUAAGAAAUUAUGGCAGAUUAUUAUGUUCCAUUGGUGAAUAUGAUAAAGCUAUCCAGGCUUUUAAGUCAACACCUCUUGAAGAGUUAGAAGACAUCAUAGGUUUUGCAUUGGCUUUAUUUAUGAAAGGUCUAUAUAAGGAAAGCAGCAAAGCCUAUGAGAGAGCCUUGUCUGUUGUUGAAUCAGAGCAGGACAAAGCGCAUAUCUUGACAGCUCUAGCAAUAACAGAGUAUAAACAAGGAAAAAUGGAUGUAGCCAAGACAUUGCUAUUUAAAUGCUCUAUCUUAAAGGAACCAACCACAGAAAGCCUUCAAGCCUUGUGUGCUCUAGGAUUGACAAUGCAGGAUCCUACACUGUCAAAAGCGGCGCUUAAUGAAUUACUGAAGCACAUCAAACAGAAAGACAGUAAUUAUCACAAGUGCCUUCUUUCUUCAGCAAUUUAUGCACUGCAAGGCCGCAGUGUGGCAGUGCAGAGACAAGCAUCUAAAGCUGUUCACAGUAACCCAGCUGAUCCUGCUCUUUGGUCUCUGUUGUCCCGAGUAGUUGCUCAGUAUACUCACCGAAGUGCAAAGGGAGGUGCUGUUGCAGGAAAUGUGGCUCAUAUUUUGGACUCAAAUCAUGGAAAGAAGGCGUUACUGUAUACUGCGGUAAAUCAGUUAGCUAUGGGAAGCAGUUCAUCAGAAGCUGAAAAAAAUAUUGCACUAAAGACCAUUCAGAAAGCAGCUCUUCUUUCUCCAGGUGACCCUGCCGUCUGGGCUGGGCUAAUGGCAGCCUGUCAUGCUGAAGAUAAGCUGGCUCUAGUGGACAACACUGAGCCGAAGAGAAUGGAUUUGUACUUGGCCCUGUUAUCUGCUGUUUCUGCUUCAAUUAGAGACAAAGAAUUCCUUGAAAAUUAUAACCAAUCUCUGGAAAAGUGGUCUCUCUCCCAAGCUGUCACUGGUCUAAUAGACACAGGAAGACUAGCUGAAGCUGAAGGCCUCUGCACAAAGAAUUUAAAAAGUAACCCUGAUCAGCCAGCUGUUAUCUUACUUCUGAGACAAGUUCAGUGUAAACCACUCCUGGAUUCACAAAACCCUCUCCCAGAUGCUGUACUUGAAGAGCUGCAGAAAACAGUCAUGUCCAAUUCAACUUCUGUUCCAGCAUGGCAGUGGCUGGCACACGUGUAUCAGUGCCAAGGAAUGAUGGGUGCUGCAGAGAUGUGUUAUAGAAAGAGUCUACAAGUAGCAUCCCAGCAGGGCAGUUGGAGUGGGAAGCUGUCAAGUCUGCUGAGACUAGCUCUACUUGCUUUAAAAGCCUGCAUGGCUAAUAUUCCCAAUAAUCACUGGUCAUCUUUGGUUCAAGAAGCUACAACUGAGGCCUUAAAACUUUGCUUUUGUCCAUUGGCUGUCUUUUUACAAGCUUUGUUACAGUUCAACCGCAAAAUGGGGGCAAGAGAGACACGGCGACUUUUGGAAAGAGUGGUGUAUCAUCAACAGGGGUUUCCCAAGUCUAUUGUAUCAACUGCACGUUGGUACCUGCUGAGACACUUACAUGCCAAAAAUGACUACGAACUUAUUGAUGUGCUGGUAAACAAUGCCAAAACUCAUGGAGAUACAAGAGCAUUGGAAUUGAAUCAGAAAUUGUCCUCACAGUAA